AUGUGGAUAUCAGCAUUCCUUUUGUCUGCAGUGUCAGCUGCGCAGUGUCCUUCUUAUGAUUGCACUCCUUCAUACACCAAACAGCAGUGUCUGUCUUAUUCAGCUAUCGAAGGGGCAGGAAAAUAUAAAAUGACCCCAUGUUACCCAGAAUAUUACUGUCCUACAACCCCAAUUGAAGAAAAUCAGUCUUGUGAAUUAAAAAAUCCAGCGGUGAAUUAUCCUGGAGAAUGGUGCAACACUGACAGUGAUUGCACUAGUAGCAACUGUAUUGAUAACGUUUGCGUAGGUCUGGCAAAUCAGGUUGUAUGCAAAAAUCAAUGGGAUUGCAACCCAGGGCUUCACUGUGACACAAUAACAAACCCACCAAAAUGCCAACCUCAGAAGACUGAAGGCUCUCAGUGUGAUAUUGACGAAAGCUGUCUUAAUAAUUUACUCUGCGUCAACAAUAAAUGCAUUGAGUUGUUUUCCCUUGAACUUAAUCAGCCAGUUGUUGAGGAUCUUGUUGACUCAAAGACAGGCUUUAAUUUAGUCUGCAACACUGGCUAUGCAGUUUAUACUGGCAGCACUUACAAUUGCACAAAGGCUCCAACAAGUACCGGUAAACUUCCAGUUGCAUGCACUCCUGAGUCUCCUUGUACAUCUAGUGAUGGAAAAUAUAACAAAACCUGCACCUGUGCUUACAAUGAAGCUGGAAGUUCUUAUUGCUCUUUAUUUGAAGGAGAUCCUAUUGUAGUCUCUAUGAUUAAAAAUUGGCAAGCUUUGAACAAUGCCAACGAAAACUGCAAUGCACAUCGCCCAUGGAGUUACCAAUGCUUUGCUAAGCUGCCAGCCGCUUCUCAAAAACUCUGGUACAGCUGGGCAAUAGACUAUUGGCAGUAUUUCUAUAACUAUUAUCCUCUUAUACAAGGCAACGACGAGUGCUCUCAAAGCAUUUUUACACAAAGCUAUUGGAAUGUUUUAGAAGCGUCUACCACUUUUCAGAAUCCCCAGUGCCCAGCUUACUUUUGCAAUACUCCUACCAAAGACUGGAGCUCUGGACAAUGCGGGUUUUACGAAAAAAAUAUUGAUACCUAUAAGAUCUCAGAAAUUUACUAUAUAAAUGAAUGUGCUCAGCAUAACCAGACCUGUAUGGUAGAUUCUCAGAAAAAUGCCACUUGUGAUGUUCCUGAUCAAAAUACCAGGUAUCCAGGAGACUAUUGUGAAAAAGAUGAGCAAUGUAUCAGUGGAAGCUGCAGUGAUAAAGAAUGUGUCGGCAACGUCUAUGAUCAAGAAUGUACAAAUACUUACGAUUGCAAUCCAGGUUUAUAUUGCAAUAUGACUGCGAAUACCUGCAAAUAUCAAGUAGAAGAAGGUGGAGACUGCGACCACUGGUAUGAGUGCAGAAACAACUUAACCUGCAACCUUGGACAAUGCAUCCCAUACUUCUCUUUAUCAGAAGAAAGCAUCGUAGACGAUGUGCAAACCAGCACAGGAAAGUCAUACUCCUGCUAUUUUGGCUUCGCCAACGUCACUUCUACUUCCCCACCAAGAGGAGCUUGCAUGAGAGCACCUGUUUCUGCGUCCAAGCUUGAAGAACCAUGCACCCCUGGCUCCAAAUGUGUAGAUACCACAGGGAAAUACUCAAAAAAUUGCCAAUGUGGAUAUAACGAAUGGUCUCUUGCUUACUGUCCAGUGUUUGAAGGAGAUGCGCCUUGGCAAAAUUCCAUUUCACUACUAAAACGUCUUCACAAGGUAAAUUCAAAGUGUAACACUAAUUCCAGACAUGGGGAGUUCUGCUUCCUCAAAAUAGACGGCUAUCACCAGCUUUACUAUCAAUAUUCCACUAACUAUACAACGUAUCUCCAAGGUCCUCAGCUUCAGUACAACCCUGACUGCAUCAAAAAUACUAUAACGUCUCAGUAUUGGCUUGACUUACAGAACUCCUAUGUGAAGGAGGCAGGGAUGAUUUUAACUGCAAUUUCUUUGGUAUUCGGAGUCUUAGCUCUUUAA